CAACUCUGGUAUUCUCACUCUGCCCCACUAUUUCCCCAACUUCUCCAGGUUCGGAGUCUGGGGAUUUACGGGGGACUCAUAAGUAAGGAGGUAAGACGCCCUAUCUGGUUGUGUACAAGAAGUAGAGAUGCCCUCUUAAGAGUUGUCUUUUCUCUUUAAUAUUUCUAGAGUUUCUGGGCAGAGAUUUACUCUACCUUGCUCAAUUGGCAUCGAUUCACUCAAAAAAUUCUUACAAUUUCGAAGCUCUACGCUGAUAAUGUCAGUUAAGGCGGAGAAAGAAGCUGCAACUGCAGCGCACAUGGAGGAAACUACCAUGAACAAAGAUGAGAAAAACAAACGAAGUGAUUAUUCUGGAGCCGUCCAGAAGACGGACGCUGCAGAGAUUGCCCUUGUUCGCAAGCUUGACAUGCGAAUCAUGCCCGCUCUGUUCUGCAUGUACUUUUUGAACAAACUUGAUCAAAAUGCUCUUGCUAAUGCGAAGCUGAAUACUCUCGAAAAAGACCUCAAGUUACAUGGCACACAGUACAAUACUGCCAUAAGUAUCCUUUAUGUUGGCUACCUGUUCAUGCAAAUCCCUUCCAACAUGUUAUUGUCAUCCCGCAAAGUCCGACCAUCAGUGUAUAUGGGCGUCUGUAUGAUGGCAUGGUCAGCAGUUGCAGCAGCCACUGCGGGAGUUCAAAAUUACAUUGGCCUUGUCCUUGUUCGUUUCUUCCUUGGUGCCGUUGAAGCUCCCUUCUACCCCGGGGCUCUUUACAUACUUUCCCUCUUUUACACCCGCAAAGAGAUCGCCACCCGCGUUUCCAUACUCUACGCUGGGAACAUUGUCGCCGUCGCUUUCGCAGGCCUUAUUGCCGCAGCAACGUUUAGCACUCUUGAUGGCGCCCACGGUCUUGCUGGAUGGCGGUGGCUCUUUAUUGUCGAGGGCGCCGUAACCUUCGGUGUCGCUUUUUUUACAAUAUACAUGCUUCCGGACUACCCAAAUAAUACUCGAUGGUUGACAGUCGAAGAGCGCGAGCUUGCCGAAAGCCGAAUUCGUAGGGAUACCGCCGGGCUGGAGGAGAGCAAGGGAGUCCGCGCAGGCUUUCUCGAGGCGAUUCGAGACCCGAGGAUUUACCUUUUCGCCUUCAUGCAGAAUAUGCAUCUCAGCGCUACAUCUUUCAACCAGUUCUUUCCGUCGGUUGUCAAGGCUCUCAAAUAUGACCCCAUAAUCACCCUGCUCCUCACGUCUCCACCCACUAUUUUUGCUGGGGCGUUUGGAGUUUUCAUCGGCUGGUCGUCUGGUCGCUACAAUGAGCGGACCUGGCACAUCACCAUUUGCAUGGGGGUUGCAAUGGUUGGUUUCGUCAUAAGCUGUGUUACACUCAAUGUGGCGGCACGCUAUAUCUCUUGUUUUCUCUUCGCUUCGGGCGUGUACAGUGUCAACUCUGUUAUCUUAGGCUGGGUCUCUGCGACUCUUGGGCAGACACCCGAGAAGAAAGCUGUGUCACUAUCCUUGGUGAACGUGGUGUCAAUGGCAUCCUUCAUAUACACACCUUACCUGUAUCCUAAUAGCGAUGCGCCAAAAUACGUCACCGCCAUGACGAGCAAUGCGUGCUUCUCAUUUAUGACAAUCGCCGCGGCUUGGGGCAUGAAGAUCUGGCUGGGGCGCAUUAAUAAGAGGCUUAAGGAGCAGGAUCCAUAUAGCACCAUCUUUUACGCCUACUGAGUUGGCAUUGAAGACGGC